GAAGUGUUAAUUUAGUGAGGUUUUAAUGGUAUUUGAAAUUUGCUAAGAUUGUGGAAGUAUAGAUGUGGCACUGCUUUCUAGCCAACCCAGUCAAGUGCAGAAUCUCUUAAAUCAUUGGUGGGUGUACUUCCAUGUUUUUAAAUGGGUGGCAUGAGGUUGUCAGUCUAUUUAUGAUGUAAAUCCCCGUUCUCUGAAGUCCUUGUUCAGGUUAUGAAUUGGCACGUACAUCCUGAAAGUCACCAUAUUCAUUCAGUUAAACAGUUGGAUGGCUUGUCUACAGGUCCUGCUGCUUCUUGGUUGUUUAAUGUGCAGUGAGUAAAAAUGUGUUAUCAGAUCUUGCUUUUCUGUUUAAGGACUUCUUGAAGUGUCUGGUUUUAACCAGUGAAGGUUGUACAUUGUAUCUGUGAUACAUCAUACAGAACUUGCCAUUUAUCAUCGAAGAAGUUCUGAGGAGAUCUGUUCUGAAUGCUGUUUAAGGAUUGGGAUGAAAUUCAGAAAUACUACAGAUUAAAUACAUCGGCAAGUAGCAGGGCAGCGGAUUUGACUUUUCAAGACAUGAAGGCCCUACAAAGAAAAUCCUGCCCUUGAAUUUCUCCUUGCUUCUGGCAUUGCUUUCACAUCUGUUGAGAAGAUAGAUUAAAGUGGGUCCAGCUGGAAUGGAGUGAAUGGAGUUAACUUUCUUCAUAGCAGACAAUAUGGUGUUCCGGAUUUUUGGCUAAACAGUGGUGACGACACCAGCGUUUUGGCUUUCCCUAAGCAGCCUUUGUACAAGGUCAAGGCUUUCUUUUUCCCAGUUGGUAUAGACAGGAAGUGGCCAAGAGGUGAGAGCACCCAGCCAAGGCAGCUGACCCAGGGUAACUAAAGAAAUGUUUUGUACCAUAUAGCAUCCUGUUCAGCAGCAAAAACUGAGAUAGAGGAAGAUUUUUGUUCUCCGGAUUUUUUGAGGGAAAGGGAGGCAGGAUAUGUUUUUGGCUUCUAAGGUGGCUAUUGUUCUGAGGCAGAUCUUCAUGUAGGAGUUGGUGAGUGAUUUCCUUUGUUUUCCUUUUUUUUUUUUUUUUUUUAAACUUUCCUUUACAUGUUAAACUGUUUUUAUCUUGACCAAGAGUUUUCUUGCAUCCAUCUUACUUUCUUCCCUGUCCUGCUGAUGGGGAUGUGGAGUAAACAAUCAACUGCAUGGCUGCUGGCUGGAGUCAGUUCACUGCAAAACUGCAGAGGGCUGAUGAUCUUCAGUACAAGUAUUAAACAGGCAUUUGUUUUGGUUAGUUUUGUUUAUAAAGUGGUGAUGUAGAAGUGACCAGAAUGUGUUAGUUACAGAAUUUGGUCUUUGCUGUUGCUUUUCUGGACUUUGGUGAAAUGAGAGUUACUGUGAUCAGUAGCUAAGUUGACAUCAGGAUCUAAUGCUUUAUACUUGUUACUGAACAAGGGUUUUUGCAGGAGAUGUUUGCAAAUGCUUGUUAACAGGGCCUUGGGUUCUUGUUCUUUUUAAAGGGAUGUAGUUGUGUGCUCUGGAAGCUUAUCUUUGUUCUGACAGUAUUACACUGUGUGUUGCGUGUCAUUAGAUGAUAAUGUUGACAAUUUGGAUGUGAUCAAGUCAGUGUAUUAAGUGAUUUUGAAAGGCAGUUAAUAUUUAGGGAAGACACUGAAUUCUGCUUUGUGAAUUGAGGAGCUCAUUGAAGGUUCUUCUCACUACAUAUGUUUGCUCUUUUGAUUGUCUUCACUCCUUACAUUAAGUAUGGUGCUGGACUGGUGAGUAGCAUGCUCUUGUGAACUGUGAAAGAAGGUGGAUUGUGGAAGAAUGGACAAGUACUAUAAUCUUGAGAUGGACUUACGCAUCUUUCAAGAUCUCAAAGACUUGAGGGUUAUCCCCGAUAUAUAGUCGGUCUGUUUGAUUUCAGCGGUUUGGUAUGACACAAUUGAUGAACCUCAUCAUGUUUUCAUCAUUUGCAGAAGUCAACUUUUGAAUAUCCUUUGCUUUGGAAACACAAAGAUGUAAUGUUCCUUGGAACGUGGAAGGAGGCCUUCAUUUUAUCACCGAUUGUGGUUUCAUUACAUGCUUGGCUUUAAUAUUAGCCGCUGCUAUGGAAGCUGCAGCAAUGUAGCAAAGUUUGUAAACCGAAGUACAGAUAUCAGCCAUUAAUUAUGUUUCAUUUUCUUUCCACAGUUAAGUUGAUUUUACAGAAUUUAUCAGGUCUUCCAAGCAGAAACAGGUGAUUUUUGCUGUGGGUUGAGCUCAGCAUGGCUGUAGUCAUCCGUUUGCAGGGGCUUCCUGUUGUUGCGGGUCCUGCAGAUAUCCGUCGUUUCUUCUUGGGAUUGAAUAUUCCCGAUGGAGGUGUGCAUAUUAUUGGAGGAGAAAUUGGGGAGGCUUUUAUUAUAUUUGCAACAGAUGAAGAUGCACGGCGUGCCAUGAGCUGUUCGGGAGGGUUUAUCAAGGACUCGCGCAUAGAGCUCUUUCUCAGCAGCAAGGCAGAAAUGCAGAAUACCAUAGAAAUGAGCCGGAAGCGAUUUGACCGUGGGGGACGAGAAGCUAUGCCUGGGUCUAGACGAACAGGUCCUAAUGGUUCUGGUGGAUCAGGUGUUGGAGAUGUUCCACAUUUAGUUGCAGCAUUUACAAAAGGGAUAAAUAAACCUGGUUACGGUCCACCAAAUCAUCCAGAGGCUGGCUUCCACACCAAUGGUACGAGACAAGGUGAUGUAGGUAUGCCUAAAUCAGGCUAUCAGUCAAGAAAGGAUUCUCAUGCAUUUAACCCAGAUGAUCUUUACUUAUUUCUACGUGGUAUACCUUACUCUGCAACAGAAGAUGCAGUACGCGAUUUCCUUUCUGGGAUACGUGUGGAUGGAGUCAUUCUGAUUAAGCAUCGUAAUGGUUUGAAUAACGGUAAUUGCUUGGUAAAAUUUGCUACGCCUGGUGAUGCCUUAGAAGGACUUAAGCGGCACAGACAGUACAUGGGUCAGAGGUUUAUAGAAAUAAGUCCAACUACGGAGGAACGGUGGAUUGAAUAUGGUGGGAGGGUAGACAUGCCAAAUGAAAUGGAUCACUUUUUCUGCAAAGAACAUUCUCCAAGAAGUUCAGGCUACAUGCAUGCAAGGAAACAUUCCCAUUCAAGAUCACCUAGGAGACAAAGAACACGUUCUCGAUCGCCUUCCGGCCAGGAAUAUUACAUACACUUAAGGAAUCUAUCAACUAAUGUGGAAAAGAGAGAUUUGAGAGAAUUUUUCCCUGAUCUGGAUAUAAGCAACAAACAAAUAAAGAUUUUAUCGGAAAAGCAUCAGAGGAGGACUAGAGAUGCCUUCGUGAUGUUAAGGAACGAGAGAGAUUAUCAGGCUGCUUUGGAAUGUCAUAGAAAGGUUCUUCUCAAUCGUUCUGUUUACAUUUUUCCAAUUUCAAGAAAGUCAAUGUUGAAAAUGCUUGAUUCUUACGAGAGGAAAAGAUCACAGGAAAGAGGUCAUCCUGGGCAGGCCUUAACAGAAAAAAGUUAUCGGGAAGGUCAUUCUGGCCUGAAGAUAUGUGCUUAUGUAAGGAAUUUUCCAUUUGAUGUCACCAAAGUUGAAGUGCGAAGGUUUUUUGAGAGGUUUGAUAUUGAUGAAGAUGAUAUUUAUUUGCUCUAUGAUGACAAAGGUGUUGGGCUGGGAGAGGCGUUAGUGAAGUUUAAAUCUGAAGAACAAGCCAUGAAAGCAGAAAAUUUAAAUCAUCAACGGUAUUUGGGAACAGAGGUAUUACUGAGACUUAUAUCUGAAGAGCAGAUGCAGAAAUUUGGUGUAACUGCUCCAUUCUCUACACCCAAUGAAAUGCAGGGUCACUCACAUGCGUAUAACAGAGGUGAGCUGUCCCGUCCGGUCGGCUCACCUGGACCACCACAAGGGCCACCCAUGCAUUCAUUUGGUCCCCCUGGGAACUUCAGGCAUCCUUCUGAAUUUAGGCACCCCCCUGAGAAUUUCAUGGGCCCUCCUAAGGAUUUUAGAGGUCCACCGCCCCUCAUGGAUUUUGGUGGUGACAGCAAACCUUUUGGCAGAAUGGAAUUCGGGAAUAAUAAAAUGGGAAAUUUUCCUGAAGGAAGAUUUAUGCCGGACCCGAAUUUCAGUGGUGGUUCUGACCGGAUUGUUCCUAUCCGCUUGAAAAACUUACCUUUUAAAGCAACUCCUAAUGAGAUUCUGGAUUUUUUCUAUGGCUACAGAGUUAUACCAGAGUCGGUUUCUGUACAGUACAAUGAACAAGGAUUACCUUCAGGUGAUGCCAUCGUCGCUAUGACAAACUAUGAGGAAGCUAUGACUGCUAUUAAUGAAUUGAAUGAUAGGCCAAUUGGUCCACGGAAGGUUAAGUUGAGUUUGCUGUAGAGGAAGUAAGGAUGCUCUAGAAUAAAACGUUAUAGAUUUGACAGUAUUGACGGUUACAUUCACUUUUUUAAUUACUAGAAGAUGCAGAAGAAACGGUUUUCAACAACGGUUGUAAAUAGUGUCUAAUUCGGUUAAGUUCCUGGUUAAAAUAUCUGUAUUGUUAAGAUGCGAGAAAUAUAUAGUGCCUACUUCUUACAACGGAGAAGAGCUUCAAAGUUCUGGAGGACAUUCAGUAUCUUACGUCGAGGUAUAAAAGCAUGGAGUUUUAAUGGUUUUUUUUUAAGGAAAAAAAUGCUGGGUUGUUAUGUUUAUUUUUUUUUUUUUCAGUUUGCUUUAAUUCCUCGUUCCCUGACUUUGCAUCAGAUAAAAUUGUAAGUGUUGGUUGAAUGACCAUGCACAGUUCAAACAGAAAAACUUCAGCGCUACCUGCAUUAGUGAAAACAGUUCUUAUUGAGGUUAGCUUAAUAAAACUAAAAAAUGACUGGG